AUGGGCGCCACAGACAUGAAGGGCAUUAUUGCCCUUCUCGUUGCUCUUGCGGCUGCGCUCUCCUCGUACUGCAGCGCCUCAUCGCCUCAACAUGCCUUCCCGCCAGUUGAAGCACCGGUUCAGUCGCACUACGCGGCGGCACCACUGACAGCUCACCAUAGAGCUGAGCAUGGGAAGCAUCACCACCAUGAGAUGCCGCCAGUCGAGCCACCAAGUUCAGCAGAUCAUAAGCACCACGGUCACCAUGGAGCUGAGCAUGGAAAGCAUCACCACCACGAGAUGCCGUCAGUCGAGCCACCAAGUUCAGCAGAUCAUAAGCACCACGGUCACCAUGGAGCUGAGCAUGGGAAGCAUCACCACCACGAGAUGCCGUCAGUCGAGCCACCAAGUUCAGCAGAUCAUAAGCACCACGAUCACCAUGGAGCUGAGCAUGGGAAGCAUCACCACCACGAGAUGCCGCCAGUCGAGCCACCAAGUUCAGCAGAUCAUAAGCACCACGGUCACCAUGGAGCUAAGCAUGGGAAGCAUCACCACCACGAGAUGCCGUCAGUCGAGCCACCAAGUUCAGCAGAUCAUAAGCACCACGGUCACCAUGGAGCUGAGCAUGUUUCAGCAAAUCAUAAGCACCACGGUCACCAUGGAGCUGAGCAUGGGAAGCAUCACCACCACGAGAUGCCGCCAGUCGAGCCACCAAAUUCAGCAGAUCAUAAGCACCACGGUCACCAUGACCAUCACCACCGUCACCACCAGCACCAUAAAGUUCCACCAAGCCCUUCCCCAGCUCACCAUCCUCCACCACCACCUCCUCAUUUGCCACCCCCUGCUCACCACUCGCCGCCACCCCCAGCUCACCACUUGCCGCCCCCACCUCCAUCCCGCUAUCCACCGCAUGUUCCGCCACCUCCAACACACAAGUAUCCGCCGCCACCGCCACCCUCUCAUGGCAAGGCACCACCACCUCCACGGGGCCACAGAAAAUUUCCACCACCACCUCAAUCGAUGUAUUCGGCUAUAGCGCCCUCGCUGGCUGAUUACAGUGCCAUCUCACCAUCUGAGCAAGGUCCCAAGCUCCCAUAUCACGUCAUCCCUGACAAGGCGCCUCCACCACGUCAAAAUGGAACAUCGCCACCGUGGUAUUUUUGA